AUGGAUAGUAUAGAAGAACCUCAGAAAAAAGUCUUUAAGGCUCGAAAAACAAUGCGAGUGAGUGAUCGUCAACAACUUGAAGCAGUGUACAAGGUCAAAGAAGAACUGUUGAAAACUGAUGUCAAGCUGUUAAAUGGCAACCAUGAAAAUGGAGACUUGGACCCAACCUCACCUUUGGAAAAUAUGGAUUAUAUUAAUGACAAGGAAGAGGUGAAUGGCAUUGAAGAGCUUUGUUUUGACUCUGAAAAAAGUAAAUCAGAAUGGAAAGAAACACCCUCUACCUUAAAUGUUAAUGUAAAAAACAAGCAGGAUGAUGAUUUAAAGUGUGAACCUGUGUCUCCUAAUAAUAUAACUCCUGAACUAGCCUCUAAACUGACUGCUGAACUAUCCUCUGCUGAUACAGCCUGGUGCGCUGACCCAUCUUCUGCUGAUACAGCCUCUGGUGCGCUGGCUGCUAGAGGUCUGGUAUCUGGAGAUUCUGCCUCUGGAGACUUGGCCUCUGAAGCAGUAACCUCUGGUGAUCCCACCUCUGGUGAUCCCACCUCUGUUGAUCCUGCUUCUGUUGAUCCUGUCUCUGGUGAUCUUGCCUCUGGUGAACUGGUCUCCAGUGAACCAGUCUCCAGUGAGCCAGUCUCUGAUGAACUGGUCUCCAAUGAACCAGUCCCUGGUGAACCGGUCCCUGGUGAAUCGGUCUCCACUGAACUGGUCUCCAGUGAUUCAGCAUCUGAUGAUCCAGCCUCUGGUGAUCAUGCUUUUGAAUCUCUGGCCUCUGAUGAUCCAGGCUCUGGUGAUCUGGCUUCUGGUGAUCCAGCUUCUGGUGAUUCGGCCUCUGGUGAGCCAGCCUCUGAUGAACCAAUUUCUGAUGAACCAACUUCUGAGUCAGUCUUUGAUCCCACCUUUGAACCAAGUUCUGUACCAGUUUGUGAACCAGUUCCUGAAACUGAUAGUACAGAGCCUAGUAGCAAUAAAGGUGAUGAUUUUCUUGAAAAAAAUGGAGGUGCUGAAAAGUUAGAUCCAAUUUUCCCAUUUGAUGAGAAAAAUAAAGCUGAUAGUAAUGUUGAUGUUGAUGCAGAAGCUCUAGAAACAGAUGAUACAAUUAUUUGUUCAGAUGUGUCUCCUGAAAAGAAGGUAGAAGAAGAUGCUAUCAGAGGAUCUGCUCUUGGAGAGGAAGCUAUAUCUAGCAGUAUUGAGAUUGACCAAAGUGAAACGACUGAAGAAGAAAAUUCUGCAGACCUUGCAGAAACCAUUAGUGAAAAUGUUAUAAAAGAUGACAAAAAUGAGAAUGUCUUAGAAAAUACAGAUUCUAUGGAGACAGAUGAAAUCAUCCCUAUUUUGGAAAAGCUUGCACCUGCUGAAGAUGAACUUACUUGCUUUUCUAAAGCUUCUCUCCUUCCAAUUGAUGAGACAAAUCCAGAUUUGGAAGAAAAGAUGGAAGGUUCUUUUGGUUCACCAUCUAAACAAGAAAGUAGUGAGAGUUUGCCAAAAGAAGCCUUUUUGGUCCUCUCUGAUGAAGAGGAUAUUUCGGGUGAAAAGGAUGAGUCUGAAGUUGUAUCACAAAAUGAGACAUGCUCUCCAGAAGAAGUAGAAAGUAAUGCAAAGGACAGCAAGCCUGAGGGAGAAGAGCAAGUAAUACAUGAGGAUGAAAGACCCUCUGAGAAAAGUGAAUUUUUUAGAAGAAAACGUUCUAAGUCAGAGGACAUGGACAAUGUACAGUCCAAACGCCGUCGAUAUAUGGAAGAAGAAUAUGAGGCAGAGUUUCAAGUAAAGAUUACAGCCAAAGGAGAUAUAAACCAGAAGCUACAAAAGGUUGUACAGUGGUUGCUGGAAGAAAAAUUGUGUGCGCUACAGUGUGGUGUAUUUGAUAAGACAUUGGCAGAAUUGAAAACACGAGUGGAAAAGAUUGAGUGUAACAAGAGGCAUAAAACAGUUUUAACUGAACUACAGGCCAAGAUAGCCAGGUUAACCAAACGCUUUGGAGCAGCCAAAGAAGAUCUUAAGAAAAGACAAGAAAAUCCACCAAACCCACCUGUAUCACCAGGAAAGUCUGUAGUUGAUGGCGGCAGCAAUAACAGUGUGCCCUACAGAAAUGCAAACACAGUGAGACAGAUGUUGGAGUCCAAAAGAAAUAUAAGCGAGAGCACACCGCCAUCCUUUCAAGCCCCUGUGAAUACAGUAUCUUCAACCAAUCUUGUCACUCCUCCAACAGUUGUCAGUAGUCAACCUAAAUUGCAGCCUCCAGUGACAUCGGGUUCUCUGACAGCAACGUCAGUUCUUCCUGCACCCAACACAGCUACAGUAGUUGCUUCUACUCAGGUGCCUAGUGGAAAUCCCCAACCUACAAUCUCUUUACAGUCUUUACCAGUGAUUUUGCAUGUACCUGUUGCCGUAUCCUCCCAACCUCAGCUCCUACAGAGCCAUCCAGGGACUUUAGUGACCAAUCAACCAUCUGGCAACGUUGAAUUCAUUUCUGUACAAAGCCCACCUACAAUGAGUGGUCUAACCAAAAAUCCAGUAUCUUUGCCAUCCUUGCCAAACCCCACUAAACCAAACAACGUUCCUUCUGUGCCCAGUCCUAGUAUUCAAAGGAAUUCUCCUGCCGGUGCUGCACCAUUAGGAACAACACUUGCUGUACAGGCUGUUCCAACAGCGCACUCUAUUGUACAAGCCACAAGGACUUCUUUACCCACAGUAGGCCCAUCAGGACUCUAUAGUCCAUCAAAUAAUCGAGGCCCUAUACAGAUGAAAAUUCCAAUUUCUGCUUUUAGUACUUCAUCUCCUGCAGAACAGAGCAGCAUGGCCACCACAAGAAUUGAAAACCAGACAAACAAAACAAUAGAUGCUUCUGUUAAUAAGAAAGCAGCUGAUAGCACAUCACAGAGUGGAAAAGCCAUAGGCAACGAUUCAGGUGGGGUCAUUGAUCUGACAAUGGAUGAUGAAGAGAGUGGAGCUUCACAAGACCCUAAAAAGAUAAAUCACACUCCUGUGUCAACCAUGAGCUCUUCUCAGCCUAUAUCUCGACCACUGCAACCCAUCCAGCCAGCACCGCCUCUUCAGCCAUCUGGGGUGCCAACAAGUGGACCAUCUCAGACAACCAUACACUUACUACCUACAGCUCCAACCACCGUGAAUGUAACGCAUCGUCCAGUAACUCAGGUGACCACGAGGCUCCCUGUACCAAGAGCUCCUGCAAACCAUCAAGUGGUUUAUACAGCUCUCCCCGCACCACCAGCUCAGGCUUCCCUGCGAGGAACUGUUAUGCAGGCUCCUGCUGUUCGGCAGGUCAAUCCCCAAAAUAGUGUUACAGUUCGAGUGCCUCAAGCAACUACAUACGUUGUAAACAAUGGAUUAACCCUGGGAUCAACAGGACCUCAGCUCACAGUGCAUCACCGACCACCACAAGUGCAUACUGAGCCCCCCUCACGCCCUGUGCACCCGGCGCCCUUACCAGAAGCCCCGCAGCCGCAGCGCCUGCCCCCAGAGGCCGCCAGCACAUCUCCGCCUCAGAAGCCGCACUUGAAGUUAGCCCGGGUGCAGAGUCAAAACGGCAUCGUGCUGUCCUGGAGCGUCCUCGAGGUGGACAGAAGCUGUGCCGCCGUCGACAGCUACCAUCUGUAUGCUUACCAUGAGGAGCCCAGUGCCACUGUGCCCUCCCAGUGGAAGAAGAUUGGAGAAGUAAAGGCGCUUCCCUUGCCCAUGGCAUGCACUCUCACCCAGUUUGUAUCUGGAAGCAAAUACUACUUUGCAGUACGAGCCAAGGAUAUUUAUGGACGUUUUGGACCUUUCUGCGAUCCUCAGUCAACGGAUGUGAUCUCUUCUUCCCAGAGCAGUUAAACCUUGGGGCCUUUAUCUCCUCCUCUUUCUUCAAAAGUUCCACUUUUGGGUCUCGCUUUAAUCUUGUGCAUGAUACCCAUUGUAAAAUCCACACUGUGCAAGAUUUCUUGGACAGAUGUGUAUAUACAUUACAUUUGUUUAUAAUCAGAAUAAACUCAGCCCAUAAAGCAGAAUCUUUUCCUGAACAAUUCACGCUUCAAGGUUUUGAAAUGUAAAUGUGCACCUUGCUUUAGUUUUGAGGCUGGGGUAUAUGUGUGGGUGUUUGUGCUUUUCUGUAUUUAUAUGUUUAUUGCAGUGGAAUCUCCCAUUUUCAUUCUCAAAUUUACCUCUCUUCCAGUGUGAAGUAAGUAGAUCAAAGGAUUUGAGGUAUGUAUCUGGCAUGAUUCUGCUUCUCAGAGAUCUGUAGGUUCAUAGAUAAAUGAUUUAAACUGAAUCUAAAUGGAACCCAAAG